AUGGAUCUCAACCAACAAGAGUUGGAAUUAAACCAACCAGUUCAGACCAGAGACCGAUCUAGUAGAUGUCACUCUAGAUUAGCUGACGCUUUAGUAUUUGCCGCAUAUAACCCUGAACGACCUGAAUCGUCACCUGAGCGACUGACAGAGUCGUCAUAUGAAGCAGGGGUCUCUUCAGAGCAACCACCACUGAGAGCAGCAUCAGUUAAUAUGUCAUCAAGAAGUGAUACUGAACAAGCAGCUUCUGCCGAAUCAUUAACUGAAAUAGCGGAUUCAGAUCAUCCACCCAGAAGAACGGCGUCUGAUAUUGAAACUGUGGCUAUGCCUGAUUAUAAGACAAGUGUUUCUCGAACUUACUCGGAAACUGACAAGGCCCAUUUACCAGCAAACAGAUUGGACAUUAUAUCAGGAAUAGGAAGUGCUCUUGCUAGUCCAGAACCUUCCUUAUUUACUAUGGCCUACCGAAUCAAAGAUUCCCCAUCUCCUUUUAAGGCCAGUCCACUGCCACCCAUUAAAGGUUCCCAACUCGAACAGGAACUGAAAUUUAAUUAUUUUGAAUUUGGGCUGGAAACAAGCGAUGCUGAAUUAGAUAAGAAGAAACAUAAGAAAUUUGACUAUUUUGAAAUUGGGCUGGAAAGUGAACCGGAAAUGGAAAGUAACCAACAGGUACAUGAACUAACAAUGCAAGAGCAUCAAAUCGACAAUAACAAAAAUAAAAAGGCAUUUGACUAUUUUGAAAUCGACAUGGGAACCAGUCAUGUUGAACCUAAAACAUCAGAUAAGAAGAAAAAUAAGAAAUUUGUUCGUUUUGAAAUUGAUAUGGAAACAAGUCAUGUUGAACAUAAAUCAUGGGAGACAGAUACUAAUCUGUACGAAGACUUACAGAGACAAGAUAGGGAUAGAGUAGAAGAUCAGUUAAAUAACUUAGAUGUAAAUGAGAAGAAUGAUUUAAAAUCUAGACCAGUAGUUGCAGAAGAGAAAACAUUGAAUUACGAAUCUGUCCAGAUGGAAAAAAACCAAUUAGCUGAAACAGAUUAUAAAAAUACAGAAGAUAUGGAAACAAGUCAUGUUGUACAUAAAUCAUGGGAGAAAGAAAAUAAUCUGUACGAAGACGUACAGAUAUACGAUAGGGAUAUAGUAGAAGAUCAGUUAAAAAACUUAGAUGUAAAUGAGGAGAAUGAUUUAAAACCUAGACCAGCAGUUGCAGAAGAGAAAACCUUGAAUCCCGAAUCUGUCCAGAUAGAAACAAACCAAUUAGCUGAAACAGAUCAUAAAGAAGAUGUGACUCAAACACUCACAAAAGUUAUAGAAAAACUGGAUGAUUUACUUAGCAUGAGUAAGUCAAAUAUCCAAGUACACCCUCCUAGAUAUCCGAAGCCACCUAAUGUUUCCAAAGGUCAAAUUAUAGUCCGAGGAACUAAGGCUUCACGAUUAAGACAGGACAAAUUACGGGUGCAAAAUGAGGUAUCAGAUGUAACACAAGAUGUUUUACCAGCAGUUGCAACAGCAGAUAAAACCCCGGAACAACGAACACUGGUAAAAUCGAGUCUACCAAGGUCUCGUACUUCUCCUCCACCAACUACAAAAAAGAAGCCUGUCCCACCACCAGCGUUAGCAGUCCGGGAGACAAAAGCUACAAAGCUAAGACGUCUAAAAAAGAUGGAAGAAGAAAGAGAAACUAAAGAGCAAAACCAAGAAGAGAAAUUGAAAGACAUGGCAUUUGAUCAAUCACUUAUAGAGUUAUUACAUAGAAAGAGAACUCCAACGCCAACAUUUAAACCAGCUCCUCCAAAACCUUAUAAAAAGCCAGGACCUGUUUCUAUCAAAGAGACCAGGGCAUCGAAAAUGCGAAAGAUUCAAGAAAAUUUAAAGAAAACCGGAAAAACAGUAGCUGCUAACGAAAUCAAGUCGCAAGAUAGGUCACAAAAGCAACCUCCUCCAACUAAUGUCAAAGAAACACUUGCUUUAAAGUCGCGUCAAGCUAGAUCCCCGGCACCAACUUUUAAACCGGCUCCUCCAAAACCUUAUAAGAAGCCAGGACCAGUAGUUGUAAAAGAGACCAGAGCAUCUAAAUUGCGUAAGAUGCCUGAAAACAUUAAGAGAGCAGACAAUAAAGUACCAAUCAAAAGCAAUAAAACAUCAGAGGUAUCGAAAAAACGACCCUCAAAAAAGCAACCUCAAGAAAAACCACUCAAGAAUGAAUUGGUGCGUUCUUUGACACCACUGACCCCUCAUAGAUUGCCUCCAAUUUCCCAGAAUGGAACCAAAAGUAUCACAGGGGAUGAGGGAGAUGCUACUCCCGUUAUUCUCAAAGAACUUCGAAAGUCUAGGAGGUUUUAUGAAGAGAACAUUGAAAACGAGGAUUUAGUGACUACACCAAUAGUAAAAUGGUCUGGCAGUAGAACUCUCCUGUGGUUAGUCGACUGUCCCAGUGAUAAUGUUUCAGAAAGCUCUAACCAAAGCACAGAUUCAAGUCCUGGCGAAUUUGACGAUGAUGUUUCAGAAAGCUCUAACCAAAGCACAGAUUCAAGUCCUGGCGAAUUUGACGAUGAUGUUUCAGAAAGCUCUUAUCAAAGCACAGAUUCAAGUCCUGGCGAAUCACACGAGGAUAUUUCAGAAAGCUCUUAUCAAAGCACAGACUCGAGUCCUGGCGAAUCCACUGAUGACGUUUCAGAAAGCUCUGAUCAAAGCACAGAUACAAGUUCUGCUCAAACAGAUGUGUGGGACGGGGAAUUUGACCCGGUAGCUAUUAAAUACUACCGAUCUUUGACCCCUGUACAUAUAGAAUGGAAGCCUCCACCUAAAAAAAGAAUUUUAAGUCCGAUCUCUAGAGUUGGAUGUGGAAAAGUCAGUAACGCUGUCAGCCCAUCCUGGAGAAUAGAAAGUCCACUCAUGACUUCCACACCUUUUCCGAGAAAAGACAAUGAAAAAGAUGAGAAGUUUCUUGAUAGAUCGGCGAGAGAUAAACUGUGUAGGAUGGAAGUAUCACGAGGGUUUAAAGUAAGAAAAGAGAUCAGAAUGGCUAUGGACGAGCAAGGAAUGCAAUGGGAGUCAGAAUUUAAGUCAGAUAUCAAAAUUACAGAAGAGACCUAUCGAGUUCAAAGAUCUGUGGAUUCCAACAAACAAAUGGUACAAAAUGAAUUAGAUGGUUUGAGAGAACGAUUAAGACAGGCUGAAGAGAAAGACAAAUUGAAAUCAAAAGACAAAUCAUUCUGUAGUAGUAAAUUCAAAACUUAUUUCAAAAGUAAGAAAGCUGGCUCAGAUGAGAAGAAAGAAAGAAAAGAGACAACGGAUGAAUAUUUUAGAAAAACUGAAGAAAAGUUUUCUAGGUAUGUAUCACCAUUUUAG